AUGUCACCCCAUCACGUCGACCCUGCCAAUGGCACAACCGAGGAAGUGGCCUCGGUAUUCGCCAAUGCACCUCUGAUUCCAGCCGAUGAGAUGUUUGCCCUUGCGGCGGACUUCAAACUCGAUCAACAUCCAAACAAAGUGAAUCUCGGGCCAGGAAGCUACAAAGACGAAAACGGGCAGCCUUGGAUUUUACCCUCAGUCGCAAUGAGCAGGCGGAUAAUUGCCGAGCAAGGGCUGUAUCAUGAAUACCUGCCUAUUUUAGGCUUGCCCGAAUUCCGCACAGGAGUCGCCAAAUUGGUAUUAGGAGACGCUGGCUACCAACUCAAGGAGAGUAAGAUUGCCAGUGGUCAGACGAUUUCCGGAACUGGCGCCUUGCACAUGGCAGGCUUAUUCCUCAAGCGCUUCAGCAGCUUGUCCAACGACGUCUACAUCUCUGAUCCGACUUGGAUGAAUCACCAUGGUGUCUUCAAAUCUCUUGGUUUCAACUGUCUCAAGUACAGAUACUAUGACGCCGAAACCAAGACAUUAGCCUAUGAGUCCAUAAUCCAGACGCUGGAAUCGGCGACCUCGGGUUCGAUUGUAGUGUUGCAUGCUUGCGCCCACAAUCCGACUGGCUGUGAUCCGAGUCGGGAACAAUGGCGAGAAAUUGCAGGACUAAUUAAGGCAAGAGGCUUGUUUCCACUUUUCGACGCUGCUUAUCUCGGUUUCAACUCUGGAAACAUUGACGAUGAUGCGUUCGCCAUUCGUCAUUUCAUCAACGAUCUAGGGAUGGAAGCGAUAGUCAGCGUGUCUUUUGCCAAAAACAUGGGUCUCUAUGGUGAGCGUGUAGGAUGUCUCUUGCUAGUAUCUAGCACGGAAGAAGCGGUCAAGAACUCUCAAUCUGCUCUGGAAAGCCUCACGCGUAUCGAGUUCUCGAAUCCACCUGCGUACGGAGCAAGAAUCGCAGCGACCAUCCUUCAAGACAAGGAGCUGGUCGCUCAAUGGCAUAAAGAUCUUGUCACCAUGAGUUCUCGGAUUGCCGACAUGCGAGGUGCUUUGUAUCAGAGUCUCUCAAAGCAAACUGAACAAGACUGGACUCAUAUCAUUCGUCAAUCGGGCAUGUUCGGAUUCCUUGGCCUUUCGCCUGUCGUUGUCCGUAGGUUGAGAGAUGAGUAUCACAUAUACAUGGCCGAGAGCUCCAGAAUCUCUAUUGCUGGUCUGAAUCCUGGAAACGUUGAGUAUGUUGCCAGCUGUAUUGUGAGAUGUCUGCAGUGA